ACCGACUUAAUUCUCCUCACCUCUGGUAGCGAAUAUGAUCACAUGAUCAAUGGAUUGUAACAAUAGGCCAGUAGUAGAAUGAAAGAGGAAUGGUGACGUUAACCUGACUAAAGAUGGGAUCCCGCCUUACCACCCAGCCAAACUUACCGGAAGUAGAUCUCAGAGGAAGAGUUGCCAUCGUUACUGGGGCAAAUGCAGGUAUCGGUUACGAGACGGCCAAGUCCCUGGCGCAAAUGGGUGCUAGAGUCAUAAUGGCAUGUAGGUCUGAGAUGAAAGCGCUUGAAGCAAUCGAUUGUAUGAAAGAAGAACAUAAAGAUGAACGAGAACUGAAUAAGAGGCUGAAAGUGAAAAUACAGGUGGAGGAACUUGACCUUGAGUACAUGAACCUUGACCUCGGGUCCCUUGCAAGUACGACGAACUUCGCAGAAUCUUUCAAAGCCAGAGAUAUUCACCUGCAUAUCCUCGUGUGUAACGCCGGAAUGGCAUUCGGACCUGACGAACCAAGUGUUGACGGAAUGGAGAUUCACUUCCAAGUCAACUACCUGUCCCACUUCCUGUUGACCUUGCAUUUACUUCCGGUGCUAAAGAGCUCCGGUCCAAACACGAGGAUCGUUCUCGUCUCUUCAUUGGCGUAUAGUUUUGCAAGGUGGAAUGAAGACGAUAUGCAAUGUUUGAAUACUGCAAAUAAAACCACAGUUUAUUCCAACACAAAACUUUACCAGAUCAUGCAAAUGUUUUCUCUUGAGAGACGCUUGGAAGGAUCAGGAAUCAGUGUGUUUUCGCUGCACCCAGGGGUUGUGGAGACGGAGCUUGUGAAGCGGGAAGGACAGCGAAUUCCUUUAAUGCCUCGGAUGUUUGCGAGACUUGGCAUGUCGACACAUAUGCUGCGCAGUCCAUUUAAAGGCGCACUUACUACACUACACGCUGCUGUAAAUCCGACCUACGAUGGCAAGAGCGCCCUCUAUUUUGAAAGUUCGAAACCGCAUUGGCUGAUGUCACAACCGCGCGACCGUUGGAAGCAAGAACAUCUUUGGAAAUAUUCCCUUGAGUGUUUGAGGAACUACAUGACAGAGGAUAUGUUGGAUGUUUUUACGUCAUAAGAUGGACCACUUUCGACACUCUUAGAGAUCAUGAUCUAUGAUAUGCCAUAUAUCUUGGACGUGUUUACGUCAUUUGAUGGACCUAGGCGCAAAACCUCUUACAGAUCAUCAUCUUCAUGGCGCAUAUUUUGGACGUUUUUACGUCACAAGGUCGUUCAAACCUCUUGAAGAUCAUCAUCUACAUGUUUAUGGGGCAUUAUGUUGGAUGUUUUUACGUCACAAUAUGGGCCACCUUCCAACCAUGUAGACACAAUCGCCAAGAUGAGGCAUAUGUUGAAGGUUUUCAUAUGUCAUAUUAUGGAACCCCUUCAAACCUCUGAGAGAUCAUCAUCUUCAUGCCAUUAUGUUGGACGUUUUUAGGUCAAGUUCAUUCAACCCUCUUAAAGUUCAUCAUCUUCAUGGCGCAUUAUGUUGGAUUUUUUUAUGUCAUGGCAUGGACGUCCUUGAAACCUCUUAGACACCAUCGCCUACGUUAGGCAUAUAUUGGAAGUUCCUACGUCAUAACAUGGACGUUCCUCAAACCUCUUAGUGAUCAUCAUCUACAUACAUGGCGCACAUGUCGAAUAUUAUUUACGUCACAAGAUGUAAUUCUUCCAAACCUACGACGCAUAUAUCGGAUGUUUACGUCAUAAGAUGUAUCUCAUUCAAACUUUAUAGAGAUCAUCUACAUGACGCAUAUUUUGGAAGUUUUAACGUCAUAUCAUGGACGUUCUAAAAAAACCCACAGGGAUCAUAAUUUACAUGGCGCACAUGUCGAAUGUUAUUACGUCAUUAGAUGUACCUUCUUCAAAUUAUCAUCUACAAGGCGAUGUUCUUACUUCUUAAUAUGGACUUCCUAAAAGAUAGUCUUAGAGAUCAUCAUCUACAUAAUGCUUAUCUUGGAAGUUUUUACGUCAUAACAUGGACGUUCUGCAAACCUCAUAGCGAUCAUCAUUUAUAUGGCGCACAUAUGUCAUUAAGUCGCGAUGACACUUAUGCUGAUCCCGUUUAACGUUCCAACAUCAAGUGAAUCAAUACAUCAGGCUCAAGGUGUCCCCUCUGCAUUGGAAGAUAUCAUUAUGAUCAAGGAGGUGUGGUCAAAACACGCCCUCUCCGAUGCAAAUAUGGUUUGGUCCCUUUCUUUGUUUAGUCUAGAUCUGGACAUUAGUAGUCAUUUGUUCGGAAAACAUCACACUCACUCACCGCACACACCCACACACACACACACACAAACACACACCGCCUUUUCACUUAGUGGAAGGAAGUGAAGACGGUGUGCGUGGGUGUGUGUGUGUAGCUGUACGCUGUGAGUGAGUGUAGUGUUUUCCGUACAAAUAACUACUAGCGUCCAGAUCUAGACUACUCUGUGAUGACCAUCGAAUUUUUUUUACAGAACUUGUAUUCUGUCACAAACUCGACCUUGAAGCUACAGAAAAAUCUUCCAUGACACAAUUCAACACAGAAAAUGGGGCCAUACCAACAAACCGAAGCCUUAAAGAACAAUGGAUAUGUGUUCGAAAAGACGUGACUCUAUAUAAUCGUGAUUAUUACGUCACAAUAGUAAACUUAGAGCUCCUGAUAUGAAGAAGAGACAGGAAAUGUCUAUUUAAAGGGCAAUGUAAUGAUAACAAUGAUAUUUAUGAUAGGAAUGAUAAUGAUAAUAACACUAAUUACAAUAUCAUUAUUAUCAUCAUCAUCAUUAUCAAUUAGAUCGUUCUUUGUGUCUUUCGAUUAGCCUUGCGUGGCUGAUCGUGAAACAAUUUGAGCCUUCCAAACAGUUUUUUUUUUCAAUUAAUCAUUGGCAUGACCUCACGAUUUGAUAUGAUCUGACACGAUCACUUUACGAUUAACUUACGAUUUAGACCACUGUUUAAAUCGUAACGCGAAUCAUGACAGUGGGAACUAUUGGUUUUAAAGCAGAUAGGAACAAAUAGCGCCAUCUUGAGUCCUCGACUACUCAUACCUGGCCAGUUUCCUCACCCAUAAUGUUAGUGUAGUCUAGUAAUAUAGGCCCACUUGAAUGAUAACAUGCUAAUUAACUACUCGAUACAUUUAUAUUGCAAUAAUUAUGUUACCAAGUAGCAAAACAAUUACUUUUCCACUCAAAACCUUUUAGUUUUUCUAUACAAAUACAAUUAAAGGUCAAUUUAUUCUCAGUAGUAUGAGUAGAAAUCUGAAAACUAUGUAUUAAUAACACACAGUUCACUACCCUUUAAUAAUGAUUGUGGUGAUGAUAACAAUACAACACUGGCAAUGGUGACGACGAUGAUAAUGAUGACGUUGAUAUGAUGUAUGAUGAUGAUGAUGAAAAUGACGAUCAUGAUGAAGAAGAAGUAGAUAGUGAUGUUGACGAUGUUGAUCUACAAGCCAAUACGACAUAUCAUCUUUCUUUUAUGUUGUCACACAAUAAUGAAAUAGAUUUUAUU